AUGCUGAGAAAAGAAUAUAGCACUCGAAAAUAUAACGAGAAACAAUUUGUCACGACUACAAAUCUUCAUUGCAUCCAACGCGACACCGAUCAUCUAGCAGCGCAAAGGCUCCGUUCCGAUCAACCCAAGAGAGGGAUAACGGAGAGUCACCCUGCUUAUAUGAACACGUCCCUACCAACGAAAUGGGCACACUAUAUCCUUGAGCGACAAGAUUCGGACCUUGAUACGCUAUGGGAAGACAUGGUGGACCAAAACAAUCAAGCAGGAGGGGGUCCCUUUCCAUUCACCAAAGGCACCGUAAAGCACUACAUGGAUCAUUUACUCAGAACCAAUGAUACCGGUCAUGUAGGCUCAGCUAAUGAGCCCAAUAUUGGGUUAGAAGGUGAUGACACUACCCAUGACCCCUGUCCACCCCCCGCCUUUAUGGAUGAAGAACUCGAAGGAAUGGACAUAGAUACUUGGGUCGACGAAGGAGACUCUAUUCCACCUGUUCUUCCACCAGGAAAAGAUAGCGACGACAAUGGCGAUGAAGAGUCCGAAUAUUAUGGCGCCAUUUCACCUGGACCUUUAGGGGAGAUGUCUCAAGAAGUGAAUGGAAAGAGUUAUGACGAAGGAGACAACCAACAGAUCAAAGCGGCACUCGAUCUCUUGGCUUCUUUAGGUCACGAUAUGGAACCGGAUGAGGUCGAAGAGUUCGAUGCGAGUCUCUUGAUCCUGAAGCGAGGAAUAUACGACCCGGUAGCUUCCGAGUUCAGAGACCCUCUGUAUAUGGCUCUGUUUGCUCUUUCGGAGAAAGUGACUGCGGACGGGGCAAGACUUUCAGCUCGAUUUGUAACAGUUUAUCGUUAUACACGCAUUUUGGCUUACAAGUUAUGUGAUAUGGACAUUUUAACCUGCCAAACUCAGAAACGACCACAACCCAGUUGUCCGCUCUGUAUACGACGUUCUCCUCAUUCAAUGUCUGGUUCAGAUCCAAAAGGUUGCAUCUCGUGCAGACAGCCUUGGAAGCUCGUUUCGCGUGCCCGUAGGGUUUGGAUGAGCGACGCAGGGCAAAGGGACAGCCUCCUAUUGUGGUGCGAGGCGUGCUAUUCAAAGCGAACCACAACUAUCGACAACCCAUACUGUGACCAAGAAGGGGAAGAAUUAGACGCGUCGACUCUGCCUAGCAAAAUAGUGUCGUUCACAGCAUUAGAAGAAGAGUUGCGCCUGCUUGGGCAACAGGCAGGAUGGACAGAUUUCUCGAUCGUGAUUCAUGACCUCUGGCAGGGAGAAGAUGAAGGAAUGCGGAGAAUUUGCUUACAGCUCAGCACUCUAGUCCAUGAACAUACGGGAUACAAAUUUACGUCCAGAGCAAACAAGGGGAAGAAGAGAGCGCCGUCUCCUUCGCUUUCAUCAUCGGAUCUGACAUCGCUGGAUUCUUCCUCGUCACUGGAUUCUUCAUCCGAGGCCGGUGGCGAUGACAAUAAUGACUUCGACUCUGAACCCGUAGCCUCCCGUAUGAAUGAAGAUCACGCCGGGACAGCGCCUUACAAAACCGUGUCGUUCGCAACGUUCAAGGAGGAAUUACACCUUCUUGGUCAACAACCAGAUUGGAAACGAUUUUCAGCCGUGAUUCAUGGCUUAUGGAAAGGAGAGCGCGAAGGAAUACGAGCUACUGGGUUGAAAAUUAGCGCCUUAGUUCAUGAACAGACGGGAUAUAGAUUUGACCCCACGUCCGUUGAUCAGUCUUUACUUGACAACAACGAGAGGCAGAUCACAAGGCGACCCAAAGGGUCGGUUCGGGUAAGAACAGAGCGGAUUAUCGAAUGGAACGAUUCCCUUGCCAAGGCGCAGGAAAAUACAUUUUUGAUCACCAAUCUCACGAAGUCCAUGUCCACCUAUCCCAUAGAAUAUGCCAUCCACCAUAUUUCUCAGUUGUUAUUCGUAUUUCACAUCGCUCUCAUUCAGCUAUGGAACGAAAUCGUGAAUGACAACGAACAAAAUGGUGGCGGUCCUCUCUUGUUCACUAGGCAAGCAGUGGGCCAUUACCUGAAAAAGAAGGUUAGGAGGGGCAAGAGGAAGAGGACACCAUCAGUAUCGUCAUCGGAUUUGACGUCCUUGGAAUCUUUGUCGGAGUCUAGAGUCGACCUAGAUGAGGAUGGGGAUGCCGGUCGUCCCUACUCACCGCCUGCAUUCAUGAGUGAUUAUGGGGAUGUGACGGAUGCAGAGGUGUGGGUCAACGGAGAAGGCUCCAGUCGGGCUCCCUCACCGUCCAUCAUUCAGGACGAGGUGAAUGAUCCAGGGAUUCAAGAUCCUAUCAGAUUAUUGGUCUCUAAAGAAACUUGUGGCGAGGAAAGAGGUCAAACUAUCAGAGAUGCACUUGAACUGUGGACCUCAAUAGGAUCUAAUAUGGACCCAGAUGUAAUGGAGGCAUUCGAUGAAGGCAUCCUGAACUUGAAGAACGCACUUCGCCGGCACAAGCAACGGGAGCUGUAUAUGGUUCAAUAUUCAUCGCAAUAUAGAAUGUACCUAAAUAAGAAGUCUUACAAUGAUGAAGAAAAGAGAGCAGGAGCCGCGUCACUACCCCCCAAAGUUGUCCCGCUCAAGGCAUUCAAAGAAAGGAAGUCCCAAGAACCAUUGAAUCAAUCCCUCUCAGUUGAAUUACCACUUGAAGAAGAAAUAAGCGAUUUCAUCGGGGACGAGGAGGGACGAUCUGGAACUGACUAUGUAAACCGUAUACUUGCACUUCAUUUAACUUGUUUAAUCAUAGUACCUGAUAAGUUUCUUAGUAUUUCUCCAAGCGCAAGGCUGCACAUUCAUAUAGAAGAAGACUAUCUGGCACGAACGGCUUUCAGCCUUAGGGCCGGGAAAGGUGACCCUUGGUUAAACUUCGAUCUAUUGGGUCUUCUGAUCACUGGAAGUUCAAUGGGAUCAUCGAAAGUCUCAAAAACCAAAGCAGGACCAAAGGGUACUCCUCUGUCACGUUGUGAGGCAUGUCAUUGGGCAAGAUUUAAGUCUAACAAUCGAUCAAAUCGCAAUGCGGAUCUCCUGCCACAGCCAUCCAAGAUCAUAACGUUUGCUGCAUUCAAAGAGGAACUGCACCUACUCGGCCAACAACUGGACUGGAACUCCUUCUCGGCCGUCAUUUCUGACAUUUGGAAUGGAGAUAGUCAAGACGUUCGGGCCAUUUUUUCCCGUAUCAGUGCUCUCGUCCAUGAACAUACCGGUUACAAGUUUAUUCACAACAACAGCACUAGGAGUUACAAGAUGGGAACACCGCCAGAGGCUAUACAGCUUUCCUGCAAGCAACGUGACCCUUGUCUGCCGCCUCGAAAGCUCAAUCAAAAGAUACCAAAGACUAACAGUAAACUUCCAACAAAACGUUUUCUAUGCAAUGGCAGAGGUAUAAUUAUAUUUGACCGUCAAUCUCGUCAAGUUUCCGUACAAUUGUCCCAUCAAAGCCGUCACCCUCCCUACCUGAGCACCGGCAUCCCAGCCAAAUGGAUAAAAUUUAUUAUUGAAAGACAAGAAUGGCACUUUAGCGAUCUGCUUUGGAAGGCGAUUGUAGAGGAGAAUGAACGAAAUGGCGGCGGUCCGCUCCUGUUCACUGAAAAAAUGGUGACCAAUUUCUUUGGAAGAUUCCUUGUGAACAGAAAAGGAAAGGGUGAGGGUUACGACGAAAUAGACAUAGAUACUUGGGUCCACGAAGGAGACUAUAUCCCAUCGCUGGUUAAUGAUGGAAAUGCCGGUGAAGAUGAGAGCCCUGAAGAUGAAGGUCCCAUUGUAGGCGCACUCUGGGGGAAUAAAGGGAAG